AAGAGAUGACUGCAAGGUAUUGUAAAACUGCCACAUACCCCCUUUUGCAUGCUCACACCAAAUGCUAUGCAGCCACGCACACACACACUCUCUCUCUCUCUCUCUAAAUUCUCUUUCACAUCAAUAACCUGAAAACUCACUAUAUAUAAACUCUCACUCACCUCUUCUUUCUCUCUAUAUAUAUCUUCACUUCAUUUUUCUAAAUUUCUUCAAUUAUUUUUAUAAUAUAAAUUCUAAUUAUCAUUAGAAAAAAAUGAGCGGAAUACUUUGUGAAGAGCAACAAAAACUUCUCCUUUCCUUAAAAAAAUCUCUUACUCUCAGGGACAAAAUCGACAUUGACAAUACUCCACCAAGGAAGCUACUCGCUCGCCGACAACCCGCCGCCGACAUGCUUCCCGACGAAGACCCAUAUUCCUCCGAUCAAUUCCGUAUGUACGAAUUCAAGGUCCGGAGAUGCACCCGAAGCCGAAGUCACGACUGGACCGACUGUCCCUUCGCCCAUCCCGGCGAGAAGGCCCGCCGUCGCGACCCCCUGAAGUAUCAGUACUCCGGCGAGGUGUGUCCUGAUUACCGGCGCGGAAACUGCGAACGCGGCGACGCGUGCGAGUUUUCCCACGGCGUUUUUGAAUGCUGGUUGCAUCCUUCAAGGUAUAGAACUGAAGCUUGUAAAGAUGGAAAGAAUUGUAAGCGUAAAAUUUGCUUUUUUGCUCAUACACCCCGUCAACUCAGGGUUUUGCUUUUGACACCCCCUCAACACAACAACAACAACAAUAAUAAUAAUAAAAAGAGUCACAAUAACAACAAUUGCUGUUCUUAUUGUCAUUGUUGUUCUGCUAAUUCUUCACCCACUUCAACUUUGUUUAGUGGGUCCCAUUUUUCUAAAUCAAAUUCACCACCUUUGUCACCUUCAUCUUCUUCUAGUUCUCCCACUACUCUUUCUAGGUACUCCAAGAAUAUGCAUGUGCUUAAUGAGCUUAUGCGUUCAAUUGAAUUGGAGAGUGCUCUGAAUUCCCCUGUUUCUGCUACCAAAUUGCCUUGGCUUGAUGUUAAUGUUUCUGAUCAAUAUUCUCCUUUUGGCUGUGAAGAUCAUAGCCAGAACCAUGUAAUUGAUGUUUUGCCAACCAUGAAUUGUGGAAAAUAUUAUUCAAGUGAUGAUGCAGAGUUUGUGAGGGAACAGAGGAAGGUGGUUGGUGAUGAUGAUGUCAUAGCAGUCCCUGAUUUUGGGUGGGUCAAUGACUUGCUCAUGUAGAUCAUCACCGCAAUGCUGCUUCUGGUGAUAAUGAUUAAAGGAUGGUGAUUUAUUUCGCUAAUUAAGUGUAAAUUAUAAGAGUAAUGUGAUCAUGUGAACAACAUGCAUAUGAUCCUUGUCCUCUCUUUCUAUUGUUCAAUUCUUGUUUUUCAAUUUGUUGUUAAGUUUGUCAAAAUUAUAUUCUGUAAUUUUUAUGUCCAUUAAUUAAUUAAAUUUCAUCUUGUUUUAUAAAUUAAUUGUGUGGAAAGGAAAGGACUAAGAACUCGUGUUUAAGUUCUGUUAAUUAAGAUACUUUUUUAUGCUA